GAUUCACCUUAUCUAUGUUCCUUUUUUUCUCAAAAAUCGAAAAAUUUAAAACAGUUUUUCUGAACCCGUUAUCUAUUUAAGUUAAACAUUGAGAGCAAAAAAUCAAAGGCAAAAAAUUCAAGGCAAAUAAAUAAUUUGACUCACUUAUAUAUAGAAUUAAGAAACAUAAAUUAUGUGGAGAGAAUGGGAAAAGGGGCAAAUAUGUUUCUCACUGAUGACGAUAAAUAUCAAGCUUUAAAACAUAGGAACCCAAAGGCGGAAGGUUCAUUUGUAUAUUGUGUACUUUCUACUGGGAUAGUUUGUAGACCAACUUGUUCAUCAAGACUUGCAUUGAGAAAAAAUAUCAAGUAUUACCAAAAUGUGGAAGAAGCUAUACAUGAUUCAUUUAGACCAUGUAAACGCUGCAAACCAGAUGUACCUACUGAAUGGAACCCACAAAAUAAUUUUGUUAUUAAAUCUUGUAACAUGAUAUAUGAGUAUGCUCUGUCAAAGACAUCACUUGAUAUAGAUGAAAUCAUUAAAGAAUUGAAAAUAUCAAAGUGGUAUUUUUAUAGAACUUUUAAAAUAUAUACGCAUAUGACUCCUAGAAUGUUCUACAAACAAUGUCUAAAAGGAACUUAUCAGGUGGCAAACGUUCCAAUGAUCCAAACAAAGCGAGACGCGAUAAAGAAAAAGGAGAUUGUACAACUGAUUUGUCAAGAAACCAAAGAGUAUUUGCAUGAUUUGAGUACAGAUAAAAUCCUUCAAUGUAUAUGAAUAUACGAC